UGGGCAGCUGUGUAAUCCUUAUCCGAAAUAUAUUAUUUGCUUAUCUCGACCUUAGGCGGAACUAAUGUGUAGGGAGCCGUGGAGGGGUUAAUUUCAUGUAACUCAACAGGAAGAAGCCACGGCGAAGGUGUAAGUUGAGGAGAAGCAGCUAACAAUUUUUUUUUCUCCCUACAUAAUUAUCUUGUCUUUAAUGCCUUUGGGUCUGGCUGUUGCUGUUGGAGUUUAUUCGGGAGUCUGCUCGCUAAACGGAGCUCUGUGUAGAACUGGCCUAUAUUGGUGUAAGGCGAGGACCAAAGAUGGAGCCUGUCCAUGUUAAAGAGGAAGUAUGUGAAGUGGAGCUUGUCAGAAUUAAAGAGGAGGAACCUGACCUGGAGCCUGACCUGAAACCUGUCCAUGUUAAAGAGGAGGUCUUCGAAGUGGAGCUUGUCAGAAUUAAAGAGGAGGAGCCUGAAGAGUCUGAUGAAGAGGAACCUUCACAAGAGACUGCAGGGCUUCAGGGUUCUGUGUCUGACCAUUCCAAAUACACAAGCAAUUGUCUUAUAUGUAGUGAUUGUGGGAAGAGUUUCAGUCGCUUAGGAAGCUUUAAAAGACACCAACAAAUUCACGUAGGAGUGAAACCACAUCUCUGUACUGAAUGUGGGAAGGGUUUCAGUCGUUUAGGAAACCUGAAAUCACAUGAACAAGUUCACACAGGAGUGAAACCAUAUACUUGUACCGACUGUAGCAAGAGUUACAGUGAAUUAAGAUACCUUAAAAGACACCAGCUAUCUCACAAAGGAGUUAAACCACAUCCCUGUUAUGAAUGUGGAAAGAGAUUUAGUCAGUUAGGAGUCCUUCGAAAACACCAGAGAAUUCAUACAGGAGAAAAACCUUAUAACUGCACUGAAUGUGGAAAGAGUUUUAAUCAGUUUGGAACCCUUAAAAGUCAUCAGCGAAUUCACACAGGGGAGAAACCAUAUGCUUGUUCUGAAUGUGGCAAGAGUUUUAACGAGUUAGGAACCCUCAAAAAUCACCAGCGAAUUCACACAGGCGAGAAGCCAUAUCAGUGUACUGAAUGCGAGAAGAGCUUCAUUCAGUUAGGACACCUUCGAACACACCAGCGACUUCACACAGGAGAGAAACCCUAUCAGUGUAACGAGUGCGGGAAGACUUUCAAUGCAUUAGGGCACUUUAAAACUCACCAGUGGACUCACACAGAAGAGAAACCAUUUCACUGUACUCAGUGUGAUAAAGGUUUUUACCAUUUAGGAAGCCUUAAAAUACACCUACGAACUCACACAGGAGAGAAGCCAUACCAUUGUACGGAAUGUGAUGCAAGUUUCGGGCGGACGUAUCUUCUUAGAAAGCAUGAGCAAAUUCAUGCUGAAGAGAAAACGUGUCCACAGAAGUAACUAGACCAGAAGGUUAACUGAACUCUUAAAUCACUCAUGAGGCUACUCAAGUUUAUACAGAGGACUUCAUUGAGUGAAUAUCAGAAAGACAACUUAGACUCUGAAUAUUGAACUUGUGAACAAGAUAAAUGGCAUCAAUAAAGGGAUGGCUGCGAGAAAGGGACAAUCUGCAGGACUCGCAUUUUUAACUCGCGCAUUUUGAACACAGAACAAAUUGUUGGUUGGAAAUAUAAUGCAAACUACAUGCCACCUGCAUAAAAUAGUUUUUUUUUAUAUUCAAAUAGUCAAUUCUCAUUAAUACAAACUCUGGUAAUACCUGUUGCACACUACAGUUUGUAAGUUGUACAAUGAAAUUAGCCAGCCAUGCUGCAUAAUUCUGUAGUUUGUCACUUCUGAUCAUGUCAUUUAUUAAACUUAAUACAUUUCUGGAAAAAAUGUCUACCAAGCACAACAGUUGUAAUAGAAAGGAAUAAUCCUGACUUUUUUUAUUCUUACCUCUGCAGGGCAGGCUUGCAAGCCGUUCUAUUUUAAACAUAAAUCAAUAUUGUUAUGCUAUUAUAUAUUGAUAUUUUCACUAUGAAACUGUAUUCUGUAUUGUCACUUACUAAGUGUUGUAAUGUCCGUAUUUUUCCUAAUGGAUGUGUAUUUGUAUGCCUGUACUGGGACGACCCUGUUGUACUGUCUAGAUGCCUGGACUGGGUGCACCCCCCUGUCGUACUGUCUAGAUGCCUGGACUGGGAGCACCCCCCUGUUGUACCGUCUAGAUGCCUGGACUGGGAGCACCCCCCUGUUGUACUGUCUAGAUGCCUGGACUGGGAGCACCCCCCUUGUUGUACUGUCUAGAUUGCUGUCAAGGCAGCUCCUACAAAGUCGCAGGAAUGCAGUACCUUGCUGGCUAUACGAAAAUGAAUUGCUCUUUUUUAGUUUUUUUUUUUGGUGUGUGUGCAACAUGUUGUUAAUGUUUAGUUUAGUAAGGAGAAGUAAAUAUCGCAAUAAGCAUUAUAUAUUCAAGUUGCUAAAAAUCUAUUUAAAAUAAAUACAAAGCAAUGCAGCCAGUGUGUUGAGGGACGAGCCACAUUUCGAGCUAUCGAGAGGGCAGAAAGAGAACGCUUGCAUCCUUGGGUGCUAAUUUAACACUAGAACCACCGCGGUUAUACUCCUACCUAAAAUCACUGUCGGCAGUGAUUAUGACUUACAUUUGAAACAACAUCAAUAUUAAAAUGUUUUAUUCAAGCAAGUAUAUGUACAUACAAAACUGUAAAAACGAAAGUUGUUUUUAUUUUAAAACAAAAGUAACACAUUUUCUCUUGCGUGUUGUCACUCGGUGCAGCACUGAAUCCAGGUUGAGCUGCUGCAGCCUGCAGCUUGGCAGUUUUCUGAUCGAAAAGUUUCUGCCAAAGCGCUGUGCCUAGCUUCAAGAUGAAAUCUCUCCUACUGAUAUUUUCCCCAGUGCAUUCCUUGUACAAAACAAAGGAAUUGAUGGCUGCAGUAGAGAUAACAACAGGCUUAAAUAUAAAAAUUAAAUCGAAUAUUGUAGGUUAUAUUCAUAAUAAAAACGUAUUGUAAAAGGCAGUCGGUGAUGGCUUUGGCGGUUCUAGGUAGAGUAGAUUAUAACUUUAUUUUUGCGAUCAUGCCUUUCAAACGCCAUCAGGGUAUUUAAUACAUGUAUUUAAGUAAAGUCAAGAACGGACAACCGUGUAUCUUUAACAUCACAGUGACUGCCCGGGCGGUUCUGGUGUUAAAGAAGCUUGCGCUUGCCUCUCAUGCCAAAUUCAGCAUUUUAACAGUUACUUUAAAGGAGUGCUUAUCAAUACUUUAGAAUCCAUUUUCUCACUCCAUGCAUUCAGGACAUGCUUGCUGGUACACGUGGUGUGAUUGGAUUGCAGCGACUUUCCAUUACAACACAUGAAGUGAUACGGUACCAGGAAGCAGCAGGUAGAAGGAAGUGGGAUCAGUGAUAAUAUUGCUUGUGUAAAUAAGGUAAGAAAAUGUGUUUUAAAGCCUUGUUUAGCACUCCUUUUAAAAGGAUAGUUUAGUAUAUCUUAUGUGUUCUGCACAUUCUCUGUUUCUGUUUUGUUUGCCAUGCUCUGACUGUUACAGCAACAAAUUGUUUCUGAAUAGACACAUCAAGGCUGAUUGUGGGGAAGUUAGAUGCAGAAGCAUAUCCAUGUUGUACAGGCUUCACCAAUGAAAUACAGCGAGAUACUUAAUGUAUUUACAUUUAUCUUUUAUAUUUAUCCUAAAUAAAAAAAAAACUUCCACUUUAAUUAUGUAAUCAUCAGAUUAAUCAUAAAGAUGUAUGUAAAAAGUGAAUGUCCUAAUAAAGCAGUUACA